UGCACACUGCGGUGCAAGAUGGGCUCGGGUUCGGGGCGCUCAAAUGUGUUGCUUAUGAAGACUGGGUCGAUGAACCGCUGCGUAAAGUGUGCUUCUUAGACCGCUCGACAGCUCAAAACCCCAAAAAUCCCAUCGAGCAGCGAAACGGCUCGCCGACAGACGCAACCAAACCCGUUGGCACCCGAUGAAGGAGGGUGGAGAGGGCAGAGCUGGCGAAACUGAUUGGUUUUCGAUUUUAACGAAGAGCCGCCUUAUUUGACUCAGAACCGACUCAGCUUUUUCCCAGGAGAGAAAAGCAAGUUUGUGUGCGAGAACGCUGUCACCAGUGGUGGGGGGACUGACUGGGUGGACACUGGUGCACGGAGGGGGUGGUGUUUGUUUGGUAGGGGGGGUAACAAUCUGCGCGAACCUGGCCCUUUAAAUUACCUCCACAAUCACUGUAGAAGAGACAAGCGAAGUUGCCUGCAGGUCCCUGAGCCAGCUUUAGUCUCCAGCCUCUCCAUCAUCCAGAAUUUUCUCCUUUUACUUGGCACAAUAACCGAUGGCAGAGAAUGUCGACGACUAAUAACAUAGCCCAGGCAAGGAAGUUGGUGGAGCAGCUGCGGAUCGAGGCAGGCUACGAACGUAUUAAGGUGUCUAAGGCUGCUGCAGACCUCAUGAGUUACUGUGAGCAGCAUGCCCGCAGUGACCCUCUGCUGGUGGGGGUUCCCACCUCAGAGAAUCCUUUCAAAGACAAGAAGCCUUGCAUCAUUCUAUAGCUACUCUGUCUAGGCCAGCUCUCCCAGUCUCACUUUAACCGCUGCCCAUCCCCAGUCAAUGGGCAAUCCAGUCCAACACUUCUUUUUACCUGGGACCCACAGUAUUUUACAGAAAAUAAAUAUCACUCUCUCUCGGUAAAAACAAAAAGGGGCAAUAUCUGAAUACCUAGCGUCAUGUAGCCCGGCGUUGAGUGAAUCUAUAUGAAUGAAUCUGCACAGCACGCCUGUCUAAAUUCAUGCAUAUAGACGUACUUAACAGGAAGUGGCAGAUUUCGAAUUUCAACAAACUAUUUCAAAAGAUUACACAGAGACUAAGAGAUACUCCAGCAUGUUUUUCAGUGCAGCGGCUGACCUUGUUACCAUAGGUGAUGGUGGAGAGUAGAGGAAGACAGUCAUGAUUAUGCCGACUGACUAGCUGGCUAGCCCAGUCACACUGUGGUAAACGCUUGUUCGGUAUUAACCCUGCAUUGUUACGUCGAAUCUGCAAGCUAAAGGUUCAUUUUAGAUUUGUAUGGCCAAAAUUGCUUACCUUUAUCAAAACCGCACAUUUCAUGUUUUACAAAGGGAUUCAAGACAUUAACCAGAG